UCUCCGGCGCGGGUCCGUACUCCAGCGUGGCGAAGAUCUCUCGGGUGCGGGACCCCGCGCGCGUGGCAGCCAUCACCCGUCCAGACCGCUUUCCACCAACUGCCGGGCGCUCUACCCGAGGGAACUUCGAGAGACCGGAAGAGUGGCUGUCAUUUAAACAUUUGGCGUGUUGGAGCAUCGAGAAAUACUGUCCCCCAACAGGUUUGACGACGGUACCUGAUCUGAGUGGAACUGUAGCCUCCCGGCCAGAUUCCUCGAUUCUCAUAUACAACAGUGGGUGUCGGAGUCUAUUGAGGGCCCGGGAAGCCGGCCCCAGAAUUUCUAUCCCAGCAAAGGCUCCCUCACGUCGGGGUUGCUGGGGACGCCUAGGUCUCUUCCCCGGGGCCAUGGCGGACUUGAAGCUGCUGGUGCCGGAGCUGAACGAGGCGGAGGCCAUGGGCGCCGAGACUGCCCGUUUCCAGGAGCUGCUGCUGCAGGCCUCCAAGGAGCUCCAGCAGGCCCAGACGAGCAGACCAGAAUCAACACAGAUCCAACCUCAACCAGGCUUCUGCGUAAAGACCAACUCAUCCGAAGGGAAGGUUUUCAUCAACAUCUGUCACUCUCCCUCCAUCCCUCCUCCGGCUGACAUGACCGAGGACCAGCUGCUUCAAAUGCUGGAGGAGGACCAAGCCGGGUUUCGCAUCCCCAUGAGUCUGGGAGAGCCUCAUGCGGAGCUCGAUGCAAAAGGCCAGGGCUGUACCGCCUACGACGUGGCUGUCAACAGCGACUUCUACCGGAGGAUGCAGAACAGCGAUUUCCUGCGCGAGCUGGUGAUCACCAUCGCCAGGGAGGGCCUGGAGGACAAAUACAGCCUGCAGCUGAAUCCAGGUGAGGGGGCCUGGGCGGCGUGGGGGCCGCCCUUGGGAGAGGCGGGGAACCCCCAGACCACCCCGAGGCCGCAUGCUGGCGAGAAAGGAGGCAGCACAUGCCAGGCAGGGGCAGCACCCCCGAGGACCUGGGGCUCCCCUCAGUUCUGGCUCUUGUUCCUCCUCAGCCCUGAGAAGCCUCACCUGAACCUCUGGCUGGAAGCCCCUGACCUCCUUUUGGCGGAAAUUGACCUCCCCAAGCUGGAUGGAGCUCUAGGGCUGUCGCUGGAGAUUGGGGAGAACCGCCUGGUGAUGGGGGGCCCCCAGCAGCUGUACCAUCUGGAUGCCUACAUCCCCCUGCGGAUCAACGCUGAUGAGAGCAAGGCGGCCUUCCACCGGAAGAGAAGGCAAUUGAUGGUGGCGAUGCCCCUUCUGUCCGUGCCUUCUUGACCCGGCAUCACCCUGGGCUUCCAAGUGGAGAGAAAAUGGUGAUCGCUUCCUUAAAACAGAAAUAAAAGAGUUUGCCUUUA